CGUCCACCGAAAGUAUCCUCAAAACCUCCCUCAAAAAAAUAGAUUCUAUUUUCUAACGUUAAGACAGAAAAAUUGAUACAAUUCAAAAACAAAAACAAUUAAAAACUACCUCAAAAUAAAUUUAAUUUUCUCAAUAAAUCAUAUUUAUAAGUAACAAACAAUUAAAGCGUUGUCAAUCAAAUAAAUAAAUUUAAACAAAAACAUUUUACAUUUCUACUAACCCAUUUCUGUAUACACACGUCCCUUUACUUUAUAGCUUCCGUGCAGAGACCUAUCAUGGAAAGCGCUAAGUUUUUCGAGGUGGUGGCAGAGUGACUUCAAAAUAUAAUAAACAUUGAAUAAGAUUGAAAUUGCUUUGAAUUGCAAUAGUGUUUCGCGUGUGAUUUUUCUUCUUCUAUUUUUCAAAUAUCAAUUGUCUAAAGUAUAAAUUUGAUUCCGGGUUCACUUAGAUAGUGUUUCGUGUACGUUAUAUUAAAAUCUCUCUUUUAAGGGAGCCAUCGAUCCAACAAUUUACAUUCGAAGUUUUUAAGGAGUCUUAGAAUGAAUUGUUUCAUUUAUUAAAUUUCGUGUUUCGUUGGUUGCGACGGAAGUGUCUGUGUCGCUAACGUGUUGUUUGUCAGAAGUAAUAGCGAGUUGCAAUAGGAGCAUAAUAUUGCAUCGGCCGGUCUUUUAAAAACCCAUCAAAGAUGAAUAGCAAGACUAAGAUUCAAGAGAAGAAUAGGAUGUGUGAGAUUGACGAUCACAUAUUUAAGUACUUCGAGAUCAAACGGAGGCUAGGUAAAGGUGCUUAUGGUAUUGUUUGGAAGGCUUUGCACAGAAAAACAAAUCAAACUGUAGCUGUGAAGAAAAUUUUCGAUGCUUUCCGAGACGAAACCGAUGCACAGCGAACAUUUCGUGAGAUAAUGUUCCUCCGAGCAUUUCGUGAUCAUCCGUGUAUUAUUCAAUUACAUAAUGUUUAUAAAGCUUCUAAUAAUCUUGAUAUAUACCUGUCAUUUGAGUUUAUGGAGAGCGAUCUUCAUAAUGUUAUUAAAAAAGGGAAUGUCCUAAAAGAUGUCCACAAGAGAUAUAUUUUUUAUCAACUCCUUAAUGCCAUCAGUUAUAUUCAUUCCGGAAAUGUCAUCCAUCGUGAUUUAAAACCCAGUAACGUCUUGAUUGACACUAAGUGCAAUUGCAAGCUAGCAGAUUUUGGUCUAGCCCGUUCUGUAUCAUAUCAACAAAUGCGCGAUGCAGCAACUGACGCAAAUGAAUCUCUCGAACCAAUGCUCACUGAUUAUGUCGCAACCAGAUGGUAUCGGGCUCCCGAAAUUUUGAUAGCUAGCAAAAGGUAUACCAAGGGUAUUGACAUGUGGAGCCUGGGAUGUAUACUCGGAGAAAUGAUUCGUGGCAAGCCCAUAUUCCAAGGAAAUAGCACAGUUGAUCAAAUUGAGAAAAUUGUUUCCGCAUUACCAGAAGUUACAGAAAAAGACAUUAUUUCUGUUGGCGCUGGUUUCGGUUCAGCUCUUCUAAGUAAAACAAUACCUGGAAAAAGCACAACAACACUUGAUGAGCUCCUAAUUGAUGGAACAACCGAUGCCAACGACCUUGUAAAAAGACUUCUAGUUCUUGAUCCUAUGGCCAGACUAACAGCUAUUGAAUGCCUAGGACAUAAAUAUGUUGAAAGAUUCCAGGACAGAAUUGAAUUAAUAGAGUUAAACUCUGACGUCAAACCACCCUUUCAUGAUGACAUUCGUUUAAGUGUGAAUGAGUAUCGAUCAAAGUUAUAUGAAAUUAUCCAGCAGACGGAAAAAUCCACGAAUAAAAGUAAAAGAGAACCAUCACGGACUGUCAUUAAUAAGUCAAGUGACAUUAUUCCUUCCAAUUUUAAUACUUAUGAAGAAAAAUUUAAACGAAAUGCAUACAGAUCUCAAGAAUGCAAACCUUGUUUAUCCAAUGAUGUGACAUCACAACCUAAGGCUACGAUUAGCAGAGCAUCAAACAAAGUAAAAAUGACCCCACCUCCUCCACGUAUGAUAACUUCAAAUAAUGGAAUUUAUAGAAACCCUAAGAAGAAAAUUACAUCAAAUCUUAUGAAUGACCAUUAUCAGCCGGAUUUAAAAAUUGACACGGUCCUUUCAAGGUCAAAGUAUUCAAUGCAAUCGUCGGUUAGAAAUGGUCAAAGCGCCACAUCCAAAAAUACAAGUUCAUCUCCGGAAUUAGUAGGAAUUCAACGAUUACAUUCAAAAUCCAAUAUGGUGGUAAGGGAGAAACGUCAUUCAAUUGAUGGAAGUUAUAACUACGUUCAACCCGCCAAUCGAUUAGUAUCUCAAGCUAAUCAACCAUCCGAGAAAGAAAAGUCAGUAGCUAUGUUUUCAAGCCACAACAAUAGUCAUCAUUUAACCAACAGACACCGCGAAAAAUCAAAGAUUUCAACAUCAGGGUUUCGAAAGAGCUACCAAAAUAUUAACGCGUAUCAUGAUAAUCAAAUCUUUUCUUCUCCAAGCAACAAAAAAUCAGUGCCACCAUCAUCAAUGGAAGACCUAACAAUGCUAAACGAUGGAAGUAAUUACUAUGUGAAAAGAUUAAAAAGGUUGGAAGAACAAAUCGAGAAACACAAGAAAGAAGUUAAAGCAUUUUGCAGUGAGAAUUCAAAAAAUUCAAAAAAUAAUCCAUUACACAAAAGACAAUCAGAAUCGAAUAUUGAGCAGAAAAUAACUUACAAGGACAAAUAUUACGUUAACGGAAACGGAACCUCAAAGGCUUUGCAAUUUCAUCCCAAAACUGAUGCCAAUAAUUUAAGCAAAUAUUAUUCAAAGCAAAGUUCUUCUGGGCGUUUUGAUUAUUUAUUUGUCAAUGAUGAUCAAAUUAAUCGCCGUGAAGCCAUAGUUUCAAAAUAUGGAGACAAAAGACCGACAAAAAUUAUGUAGUUUAUAAAAGAAAAAUUAACCUGAUCUAUACAAGAAUUGUUUAUUUUGUAAGUGAUUUUUGACCUUUAAGAAGUACAUACAUACAUACAUCGUUAUAUGAAGUGAGAA